AUGGAGAUUGCGUCACUGAAUGAAACUGCUGUGAACAGCAACAUGCACGGCGUUGCUAUGGACAGCGGCACAAUGCACAGUGUCGCUAUGGACAGCGCCAACCGCACCUAUAUGCCUUAUUACCUGCAUUCCACGGGCAUGGCUAUCAGCUACAUCCUAUGCUAUGGGGUGGUUCUCCUGCUCUGUGUCGGGGGGAACGUGCUGGUCUCCCUGGUGGUCCUCCGGAACCGCAACAUGCGCUCUGUCACUAACCUCUUCAUCCUCAACUUGGCCAUCAGUGACCUGCUCAUUGGAGUGUUCUGUGUUCCAACUACUUUGAUUGACAGCCUGAUAUCAGGAUGGCCAUUUGGCCAGAUUACAUGCACCAUGAGCAACCUGGUCCAGGGGAUGUCAGUGUCAGCAUCAGUCUUCACUCUGGUGGCCAUAGCUGUUGACAGGUUCACAGGUAUUGUGUACCCCUUUAGACAUCGGAUAAGGCCCGUGACUGCUCUCCUCACCAUCCUCUUCAUCUGGGUGCUGGCGUUUGCUGUCAUCUGCCCCUCGGCCGCCAACCUGACUGUCAUCCAGCUGGAGGACACCUACAUGCUCCAGGACAACCAGACCUACCCUGUCUUUGUCUGCUUCGAGAACUGGCCCCGACCCGAGAUGCGUCGGGUCUACACCAUGGUCAUCUUUGUGCACGUGUACCUGGCCCCCCUGGGCAUCAUCAGCAUCAUGUAUGGCUGCAUCGCUGCCAAGCUCUCUAUCAACCUGAGGCAGGUGAGGCUGGCAAAAGUGCGAAGGGCCCGCUCCCAACGCCGUGUUAAAGUGAUCAAGAUGCUGACCAUGGUGGCUGUGCUCUUCAUGGUGUCAUGGCUACCUCUGUGGACGUUAAUGCUGCUGACUGACUAUAGGGAUCUGGACACGCAGCAGAUUGACUUCCUCAGCAGCUACCUAUUCCCUGUGGCUCACUGGCUGGCCUUCUUUAACAGUGGGAUUAACCCCAUCAUCUAUGGCUUCUUCAAUGAGAACUUCCGCAGGGGGUUCCAGGCUGCAGUGGCUUGCAGGCCCUGUUCACAAACAAUAACAACUGUUGUGGUUAAUACACGCUUCAACUUCCCACCUCCUAACAGAGUAUUCAAUGAUAACCCUGAGUCAUCUGGUGGGAAGAAAGGCCACUGCUCCAAGGGCACUCCCGAGAUUAUCCCACAUGGAACCCAUGGAAUCGUCCUGGAUGACAGGAAUGUUGCACCCAACAGGGUGAUUGGUGCCUGGGUGGAUUGACUGUAAUUAGGGCUAUGACGAUUAUGGAAUUUUGGGCAGCGAUUGUCAUGCAAAUUGUCAUGUUUUUUUUGUCAUAACAGUUACAGGCGGGGUUCUACUAAGCUAACGCAUAUAAUUGUUUUAAGAUGUCAUACCAUAGAUCAUUUAGCUAUGUGAUUUAGAAUUGCAGGACCCCUGUAUGUAUAAAAAGUUUUUUUUAAAUAAAACAUUGAAUUUGG